GCAGACUUCAAAUGUUUUUUAAGACAAAAAAGUUGUUAAAAGUAUGAUCCAGAUGGAUGAAAUUAAUACAGAGUCUUUAGGAUUUAAUGAAAAGCUAUAUAAAAAUAAAGAAGAUGUUUUUGAGGAAUUUUUUAUAGCAUCACGUUUUGGAGAUUUGGAAACUAUUAAGACACUUGAAUUAUCUCCAAUUGAUCUAUUUCAUAAAAAUAAUGAGGGUAAUACAGCUUUACAUAUGGCCUCAGCAAAUGGACAUAUGGAAGUUGUACAAUUUUUACUUUCUCAAUAUUCUAAGAUAAAUAAUGGAUCAGACUAUCUUUCGAUUAAAAAUCAGUCUGGAAAUACUCCUUUACAUUGGGCAGCAAUGAACGGACAUGAUAAAAUAGUUUGUGAACUUGUAAAAGCUGGAGCAAAUUUAUAUGCUCAAAAUAACGCACAAAAAACACCGCUAUGGGAGGCAGAAUUUCAUGGUCAUACAAAGGUAGUUACAUGGCUUCUUGAACAUACAGAUCUUGUACCAAAAGAUGAUAAUGAUACUGAAGAAGAAUAUUAAAAAAAAAUAAUGAAAAACGUUUAAUAAUGUAUUAAUCAAUUGGAAG